AUGACACUCUGCAUUAUUUUAAAUCUCAUCCUGCUCCUUGCGGUCUCAUCUUCUGAUUCAGCCAAUCAGACAGAGGUGACUGUGACAGUGGAGGAGGAAGGGGUGGAGUCAUCAGGCAGCCGUUGCUGGGGUUACUAUGAUGUGAUGGGCCAGUGGGACCCACCCUUUAACUGUAAUGCUGGCAUCUACUUGUUUUGCUGUGGCUCAUGCUACUAUCGCUUCUGCUGCCAGUUCAAAGGUCACAGCCUUGAACAGACAAGUUGCUCCAAUUAUGACACACCUGCCUGGGCCAAUACAGGAAAACCUGCCAGUGGCAAUGAUGCCAACAAUGCUAAUGACAAUGCCAAGACUAACACUAGCAAUAUGCCCAAGCCAGACCAGACACACAUGAUUGUCUAUGUGAUCUGUGGUGUGGUGGCCAUCAUGAUGCUCGGAGGAAUCUUUGCAAAACUGGGUCUGGAGAGGAGUCGUGAAAGAACUGGGGAUACCAGCAACAUCAGAACAUUGACAGAGCGGCGGAAGCUGCCAGGUGAGGCGGAGUGCAUGGUCAGAGGGGUGGGGCAUCAUCCAGUCGGAUCUAAUGGAAUUUCUGGACACCUGAUAAGGACUAAUAAUGAAGAUACAAUAACCAGAGACUACUACAGGAGUUUCCCACUGAUGGACCAAACAUACCGCCAGUCAUCACCUACAACUUUCCAACCUGUUGCAUUGCACUCCAAAGAAAAGCCAUUCCUCCUUCCACCAGAGAUCCAUGUUCCUGUUGCUAACACCAUAACACCCUCCCAGAUCCCCAAGUCCAAGAUCUCCAGAACCAACACCCAUCCACUGACCUCCAUCUCAGCCUUCCAUGCCUGGGAACCUAGUAAGGGUCCUGCUCAGCAACAUGUCGCUCUCACUGGUCAACCACAGCCAUCAAUGUCCCAGUCCAACAGCCGAGGCCAUCCCCACUCAAACAAGCUUCCGUUUCGAACAGAGACCCUGCCAGAGCUGUUCUAUCAGCCACUGGGGUAUGGACGUUCCCCUCAGGUUCUUCCCAAACACAAGGGCCUUCACACAAACAGCAAGACAGAAGUAACUGUGUGA